AUGCCAGCAGUUCCUAUAUAUGUCAAGGGCGGGGUGUGGACUAACCUGGAGGACCAGAUAUUAAAAGCUGCAAUUCAGAAAUAUGGUACACAUUCGUGGAAUAAGGUUGCGUCACUAUUACAGAAGAAGAAUGGUAAACAGUGCCAGAAUCGGUGGAACGAGUUUUUGAAUCCCAGGUUGAAUUUUGAGAAAUGGUCGAGGGAUGAGGACACGAGGUUGUUGAGUCUUUCUAAGCAGCUGCCGAACCAAUGGCGGAGCAUAGGAGAUAUGUUAGGGCGAACGCCGCAGCUUUGUAUUAAUAGAUAUCAUCAGUUGUUGGAUGUCGAGCAGGUGGAUGGAGGAGAGUCGUUGCAUGUUGGUGAGUUCAAUCCUGUUGCAGAUACGCAGCCGGCGAAGUUGAUUGAUGGAGAACUUGAGGAUGAAGAGCGUGAGAUGCUUGCUGAGGCGCGAGCGAGGUUGUUGAAUACCCAGGGAAAGAAGGCUACUAGGAAGAUUCGGGAGCGGAUGCUGGAGGAGAGCAAACGGAUUGCUUAUCUCCAGAAGCGACGAGAAUUGAAACAGGCGGGUGUGCACAGCACUAUUCGAGCGCCAAAGAAGAAGUAUGCUACGCAGCUUGACUACAAUAAGGAUGUGGUUUAUGAACAGGAGCCUGUGGCGGUUCUGUACGAUACUGUUGAAGAAGACAAGCGAUCUCAGCGGGAAUUAAACCAGUUUGAGAAACGGGUGGAUCGGAAGGGUUUGAAUAAUUUUGAGCAAGAGCGUUCUGGGAAGAACAAAGGUAGUGUCAAGAAGCGGCAACGUGGCGACGUAAAUAAAGAGCCUGUGACUGGUAAAAAUACUAUAGUAACGAAUGAGUACAAGAAGCCUAAGCUGGAGCUUCCGAAGCCAGGCACCUCUACGGCUAUUUCUGCAGAAGAAGGGAUACAGGAAGCAAGAACUGAGAUUAUUGAACAGAGUAAGUUAGGGUCUGUGUUAGAUACCACACAAUCGGUACUUCCGGCCCGCCAAUCGGAAAACAGGAAGCAGCAGAAGCGGAAGCGGAAGCAUUCUAUUUUACACCUCUUUGCCAGACUUCCUGAGCCCAAAAACGACUUUGAAAUUGCAUUCGACGACGAUGUGUUCCAAGAAACGCCAGCCGUCGCCCCUUCAGAGAAUAACGCAGACCUCUCAUCCCGUUUCGAUAGGGACAGCGACCAGCAGCUCGACAGUGAUGUCCUGCUGCCGUGGCUCUGCGAGUCCCUUGAACGUGACGACCUCGUCAUUCCUGAACCGAUCCACCAAAUCAACGACGAAAUAGAUGAAGUAUACAACGAGCAUAUCCACCUCAAACUCUCCGGAAACUUCGCCCAUGAAACCCCUGACGUGCAUGAGUACAAAAAACACAUCGAGAGUGAGCUGUCAUCCAUCCCCCGGCCGCCGAACACCCUUCACAAGAAGCUCGACCUUCUCCUGCACCAAAAACAGUCCCCGCAUAGCCUCCAGCAAAAGAUCCAUGAUUUAAAGCUGAGAAUUGAAAGUAGCGCCCUUUUGUGCAUCCCUGCAGAUCCAUCCUUGAUCCCCACGACAAAGUCUGUCUCUAACCACGUAAGCUUGACGCUUUUGCCCCAGUUGGCCACAGAACAACGCCUCUACCACACCUACUACACCAUGUACCAGAACGAAUGCCAGGCAAUUGACCACCGAAAGAAUGUGCUACAACAAUAUACAUCCAUAGCACCCCACCCCACACCGCACGUCUUUCGGACUAAGCCAGCCCCAUCUCAGCCCGGAACCCAGUAA